AUGUUGCAGUGGCUCUUCUUAUGGCUUAUCCGGAUGGCAAUGGCAUCCGAUGUCUAUCUCGGUGAUAGUAUUUAUGAGGCCAUCAAUUGUGGAGGCCCAGCACAUACAGACGUGUAUGGAAUCCAUUAUGAGGCGGAUCCUCUGCGUAUUGGCACUGCUUCCGAUUAUGGUAUCAGAUUACCGAUAAUGAAAGUUGAUCCUCACGAUGCUAUACUUUACCAGACCGAAAGGUAUCAUACGGCUGAUUUUACUUACACAAUGCCAGUACCGGCGGAUGAUGGUGAAUAUACGCUUGUCCUGAAAUUUUGUGAAGUGUAUUUUCGCUCCUCUGAUCAAAAGGUUGUGAUACCAGAAUUGGAUAUUUUCAAAGAGGCAGGCGGAAUUGGUGUUGCUUAUGAUCGUUUAAUAACGUUUUAUGUAAAGAAAGGCAUCUUAAUAGUUGGCAAUCGUCGCGACACGUCCUCUCAUCUGAGGAUCACAUUCGCUAAGGACAUUCCACCACUGCAAGAUGUAUUAGUGGAAGGUGAAACGGAUGAUGAAAUCGAGGACGAAGAGCUGGACUUGGAUUCCCGUGUAAAUAUGCAUCGUUUCGAAGAUGAGCCACUGGUUGCGGAUCCGUACACGGAACAGGACACCAACCAUAUGUUCAUACCAUUUCUUGUUGCUUUUGCUUGUUUUUUCCCAAUUCUAUUUUGUUUAUGUAAAUUAUAA